AUGGAGAUGCCUCAUGAGGCCAUGAACAUGACGCCGACGAAGGCCCCUUGCUCAUUUGCCAGGGAAUCAGGGGGAGUGACGAACAAUAGCCCUACACUGUCGAUAGAUGCGGGGUUCGGCGCAACGCAGACAUCUAGCGUCCAAGAUAGGCCAAGCUCCCCAGCCUCAUGGCGCUUUGCCAUCAUGAUGCUCUGUGCCGGCUCCGCUGUAUUUCUAAUCGGAUAUGACAGUAACUGCGUUGCUACAAUAAUUCCCGUGUUGGUUGAAGAUUUCCAUGCCACCGAGGACAUGGUAUGGUAUAGCUCGGCAUACCUGAUGACCUCGGCCGCAUCGGUCCUGAGUCUCGGGAAGAUGUACAAUCUCUAUCCCUUCAAGAUCAUCUUCACCAUCAUGCUGACGAUCUUCCUGGUGGGAUCCGUUAUCUGUACCGUGGCGCAGAAUUCUGUGACCUUCAUUGUGGGACGUGCGAUCACCGGCAUGGCCAGUGCCGGGAUUCUCUCAGGCAUGAACAUACUAGUGUCGCGCAUCUGCUCGCUUGAAAGACGACCCUUCUGGCAAGGGGUGGUGGGGAUGGCGGAGUGCGUCGCCAUCUGCGCCGGCCCCCUGAUCGGGGGCGUUCUGGCCGAGUACGGAGGCUGGCGGUCCUGUUUCUAUGUCACCAUCCCCAUCGCGGUCAUCAGUCUCAUCCUGGUGUUGGUGCUCUUUCAGGACAUCGAAACCCCGCCGGACGCCCAUCUCCCCGUCUCGGAGAAACUGUCCCGCUGCGACCCGCUGGGCGUGGCACUGCUCGUCCCCACGAUCGUCUGCCUCAUUCUCGCCCUCGACUGGGCGGGCACGUACUACGACUGGGCCAACCUCCACGUGCUGCUCCCUCUUGUCCUGGCCGUCUGCUUGGCCGGCGCGUUUGUGGCCUGUCAGGUGUGGCGAGGCCCUAAGGCCACGCUGCAGCUCGGAUUGCUGCGUUCGCGGACCACCUUCGCGUGCAUCCUCUACUCGGGCUUUAUGGCAGCGAGCCUUUACAUCAUCGCCUACUACAUUCCACUCUGGUUCCAAACCGCGCGAGAAAAGAGCACUCUAGAAUCUGGUAUCUCGACCCUCCCGAUGGUCCUGGGCCUCUCGGGCUCGCUCUUCCUCUCGGGCUCCAUCACCUCGUACAUCGGCUACUACACGCCGGCGCUGAUCCUGGGCAGCUGCCUCCUGACGGUGGGGACGGGCCUUCUCACCACACUGACGCUCGACACCCCGACGGCGCGGUGGGUGAUCUACCAGGCCAUCUACGGGAUCGGCUGCGGCCUCGGCUGGCAGGCGCCGUACAUCGCGGUGCAGACGGUGCUGCAGUCGAGCACCGACGCGAUCACGCUCGGGAUCGUGCUGGUCGUUUUCGCCUUCACCGUCGGCGGGAUCGUGGCUCUGGCCGUAGGCCAGAACAUCUACCUGACGCGCCUGGUGCGGCGGCUGCGCCCGAUCGACGCGCGGAUCAUCAUCACCACCGAGCAAGUCAAUCGCCUGGGCAUGCGGGGCCUGAUGCAGUUGCUGGGUCCGUCGGCCGAGCCCCGGAUUUUGCAGGCGUACAAUGAUGCGGUGGUCGAUGUGCUCUACAGCGCGGUCGCCGUCGCGGGGGCCUCGCUUCUGUGUGCGUUGUGCGUGGAGGUGAGGAGCGUAAGGGAGAAGAAGGAUCACAAGGAAGGGGAGAAUCUGGAAACAGGAUCGGACUGA